UCCCACAAAAAAUUAAAGUAAAUAUGUCUCUAUUAUCUUUUAAUUUAUUCUUUUGGGUCCUUUUUGUGUGUGCUAAUAAUAAUUUGUACACAUACAAAGCAAAUGCUUCAUUAUUAUCGUCGCAUAUGAAUUGUUCAAACAUCUAUGUUGAUUCUUCUUCUGGCCAUGGAGAUUACAAUUCUAUCCAAGAAGCAAUUGAUUCAGUUCCGGAGAACAACAAUAUUUGGGUGUGCAUUCAUGUCAAAGCUGGAAAUUAUAGAGAGCAAGUGAAGAUACCAGCAGAUAAACCCUACAUCUAUCUCAAGGGAGAAGCGAGAAAGCGAACGAAUGUGAUUUGGGAUGGGCAUCAUGAUAUCGAUAAUGCUACUUUCGUUUGCGAUGCGGAUAACAUACUCAUCAAAAGCAUCACCUUCAUUAAUUCGUACAACUUUCCACCGGAGAAAAACAGAAAGAAAAGAGACUGGGCGGUGGCGGCGAAGUUUUCCGGCGACAAAAUAGCGGCUUACCGAUGUGGGUUUAAGGGAUGGCAAGAUACGGUUUGGGACAAUGAGGGCCGUCAUUACUUCAAGAAAUGCACCAUCAUAGGGGCGGUUGACUUCAUUUUUGGUAACGGCCAAUCUAUAUAUGAGAAGUGUAUAAUAUCAGUAGAUACAGGCAAUGAUAAAACAAUGGUGGGAUACAUAACAUCACAAGGGAGAGACAGCCCUGAUGAAAAGAGUGGGUUUGUGUUCAAGAAAUGUUAUGUGAAUGGAAAUGGCAAAGCCUAUUUGGGAAGGCCUUGGGGAGACUAUUCAAGAGUCAUUUUUUUCAAGACUCAUAUGGAAAACAUCAUUGUCCCUCAAGGUUGGUGGGCUAAUGAUGAUCUUCUUUCCAAUGGGGGUGGGGAUAAGUUGACAUAUGUGGAAGAGGAGUGCAGUGGACCGGGUUCGGACAAGUCAAUGAGAAUGAAUGGGUUAUUAACAAAAUUGAGCAUGCAAGAUUUGCAUGAUCUCACAAGCAUCUCUUACAUUGAUGAUAAUGAUGGGGAAAAGCUCGAUGCAGAGAUGGAAGGGAAGAAACAAGCUCAAAAUCCAUGUCCGUCGCCAUCUUCUUCGGCCUUCAAAACCCCAAGGCCUCCUUUACGCUCCUUCAAUUUCCAAUCCUCUCCUCGGUUCUUCACUCCCUGCAAUGUCACCCCUGCUUCCUCCGUUCUCGGCCGCCACGCGGCGAAGAGCUCAGCCACAGCGGCCAAGAGCAAAGCAGCGCGAAAGCUGCGAGAUUUCGAGCAGGAGCAGUCGAAAUCGUCCCGGAAGGCCUUGACGGACAAGGAGAAAUCGCUCAAGUCCUUAGCCAAGUCGCUUGGCGUUUGGCUGAAUUUCCUGUUCGAGAAUCCUAGGUCUUGUGGGUGCGAUGUGUCACGGUUUUCCGCCGGAGGGAUUGAGAAUUUGGGGGAGUGUGAGGCUGGAGUCGCGCUCACUGGGAAGAGGGAGAGCAGGCCGGCUUGUGUGGUUGGGGACGGGGAACCCUGGAGGGAUCCCAAGAGGCAGAGGAACAUGUCGUGGAGGGGUUUGGGGAAGGAGGAAACAUGGGCGUUUCCGGAUUCCAUGUUCUCCAGGUUGAAGACUUCGUUGCUUGAAGUUUGCAGCUUUGAUGAUCUGAAGGAGAGAAUGAAGAAUUACUUGAGUUUGGGAAGCUGUAAGGAGAUAUUCACUGCCAUGACUCAAGUAGCAAAGAAUAUUGAUGAAGGGAGAUUGAAAAUGAAGUCCCAUUGCCCCAUGGUUACUGAUGUUGGAAUGAAGGAGAAAGCUUUAAAAACUCUCAUGUGUUAUAACCCCACUUGGCUUCGGAUUGGAUUGUACAUAAUUCUGGGUGGUGAGUCCUUGCUGCAAAAUGAAGAUGCUAAUUCUGAACAGGAAGUUGCCUUCUUGAGGAUGCUGAUUGAGAAGCAGUUUUUAUCACAUGCCGGUUUAGCAAAAACAUAUGCUUAUAACAAAUUGGUUGAGGGUUUAUACAGACCUGGUUACUAUGAUGAGUUGGGGAAAGUCAUCUUGAAGAGAUUUUUGUUGCUUGUUCUUGUACUUGAUAGAGCCAAAUGUCAAAGCAGUCUUCCUUGUAAAUAUGGUAUUGAUGGUUUAGACGGGGGAUCCCCACUGUUGUUCUCUUUGCAAUCACGUGUUAAAUCUAGCAAUGAACUUAUAAAUGAGUUCUUAUCUUUGGAUGUGAUGCAUGGUGAGGGUAACCUUCUAGCACAUUUAGUCAUUAUGGGGUUUAAAGCAACUUAUCAACAGAAUCCUUUGGUAGAGUAUCAAUUCAAGGUGGUUGAUAUAUUUGAAGAUCUUCACGAUGGUGUGCGACUUUGCAGAGCUGUUCAGCUCUUGCAGCAUGAUCCCUCUAUCUUAGUGAAAAUGUUGGUUCCAUCAGACACCCGCAAAAAGUGUUUGAAUAACUGUGGUGUGGUUUUGCAAUAUGUGCAACAAGCUAGUGUGCCAAUAGUAGAUGAAGAUGGUACUAUUAUAAUGGCCGAAGAUGUUGUUAAUGGGGAUAAGGAACUCCUCAUUUCAUUGCUAUGGAACAUGUUUGUGCACUUACAGUUGCCACUUCUAAUCAACAAGGAGCUGAUGGUUGCGGAGAUUCAAAAGAUACAAGGGUUUGAGGGGAAAUGCACAAACAGUCAUACUCAUUUGGACAUGCUUUUGUGUUGGAUCCAGGCCAUUUGUAAGAGUUAUGAUCUUAAGGUUGAUGCAUUUUCUUCAUUGGCCGAUGGAAAAGCUAUGUGGUGCUUGCUCGAUUUUUACUUCAGGAAGGAACUACAUUGUUCUUGUUCACUUAAGGCGAGCGAUGAAGUAGAAGUUUCCAUUGUAUCUGCUGUUGAUUAUACAGAUGCGGUGCACAAUUUCAUUUUAUCCCAAAAGCUGCCAUCCCUAUUGGGGAAAUUUCCAGAGGUUUUACAAGUCAGUGACAUACUUGAAAGUAAUGGAGCCUGCAAUGAUCGGAGUGUGGUUAUACUCUUGGCAUUUCUCUCAUUUCAACUGCUUGUCAGAAGAAAUACGGAGCAUUUGAACUUUCAUAAAUUGUUGGGAUUUAAUUGUCAAAGUCCUGAAAGGAGAAGGCUAAGCAAAGACCAAUGGUUUAUGAAUCCUGCAACAGACAUGAAGCAAGAAAGAAUCCACACUUCUGAAGAUGCUGCAAAAAAUUUCAAGGCAAUAAUGUCCUGGUGGAAAGACAUGGCUCUACGUAAUAAUAAAUCUGGCAUGGAGCAAGUACCUGAGACAAAACAAGAGUUAUUUACCUGUAAAGGAGGCUGUAGCAGUGAAAGGGGCUUUUCAGUCAAUAACCAAGAUAGAAUGAAGUCCAAAAAUUCUGCACAACCCAUUCAGGCUGCUACAAGGAUGUCGAUCAAUGAGCUGCAUCAAGAGGGAAGUAAAGAGAUUCAAAAAAAUUCAGAUUCUCAUCUUAGUAAUGCUUGCAUUGUCAUUCAGAAAUGCUUCCGUGGAAGUAUAGCACGAUCCAUGUUUGCAAACAUGAUUUCUCAAGCAAAAGCAGCAGUAAUUAUACAACGUGCUUGGAUAAUAUACAGAGGACAGAUGUUGUCUCUCCAGACUAGACACUCUGCGGCGUUAACAAUUCAAACACAUUGGCAUGGUUGGUUAAUGAGGAAGGCAUUCAUUAAUAAGAAGAAAUCAGCAGCACUUAUCCAGAGUGCUUUCCGUUCUAUGAAAUGCUCAAGGGAUUUUAAGCGCUACAGAUGUGAAGCUAAGUCAGCGAUCAUAAUUCAGGCCUAUGUUCGUGGAUGGAUUGCUCGUAGAGAUUAUAAUAGGUGUAAAUAUCUCAUUGUUAACAUUCAGAGCCAUUGUCGUGGGUGCAUACAAAGGAAAGAACUGUCCCUACAGAAAGAGGCGGCAGUUAGGAUCCAAACUGCAGCCCGUUGGAUGAUACAUAAUAACACAUUCCUUUCCCGGAAACACGCUGCCACUGAAAUCCAGCGCCUUGUCAGAGGAGAAAUUACAAGAAAGAGGCUUCUAGGUUCGUCACGCUAUCGCAGGACUUCACGUAGCACCUUCAAAGUAUCUGAAUUGAGAAUAUUUCUGCAAUCAGUGACAAAGUUGCAAAGGUUGUGGAGGGCUGUUUUGUUAAACAGACAAAGAGAAAAAUCAGCAAUUGUUAUCCAAUCACAUAUUCGUGGAUGGAUUGCCAGGAAACAAGCUUCCAAGAAAAGACACGGGAUUAUUGUGAUCCAGUCAUACACGAAAGCUUAUCUUGUAAGGAAAGAUUUAAAAGGCGAGCUUCUUGAUCUGCGUUUGAGAGUGCAAAAGUCUGCUGCAAACAUUGAUGAUGGUAUGCGUAUAAUCAACAGACUUCUUGUUGCAUUAUCAGAACUGCUGAAUAUGAAAAGUGUUAGUGGCAUUCUCCACACUUGUGCAACUUUAGAUAUGGCAACAAAGCAUUCUCAAAGGUGUUGUGAGGAACUUGUUGCUGCGGGAGCUGUUCAGAUUUUAAUAAAGCAAAUACGGUCCGUGAGCCGAAGCAUUCCUGAUCAGGAAGUCUUGAAACAUGCUCUCUCCACCCUCAGAAAUCUUACGAGAUAUCCACAUUUGAUUCAAGUUCUGAUUAGCACUCGUGACUGCAUCGGCACAAUUUUCUUGGAGUUUUUAAGAAACAAAGAGGAUGGGUAUUUUAUUGCUGCUGAGCUUUUGAAGAAACUGUUUCUUCAUCCCAAUGGCAUUGAAGUUGUGCACAAGUUACCAGUUCUUGUGAAGAGGCUACACAAUCUCGUGGAAGAGCUAUCUAGGAAGGCAAAAAAUGAUAAAAGGACUACUCAAGCUGUUGCCAUGAGAGAAAAGGCUGAUAGAAGAUUAAGAGAAGCUGUUGAGAUUUUGGAACUGAUCAAGUCAUCAAACCCAAAUUGAACCCAAGUAUGAUUCUGCUGCAAUCUGUUGGUUGUUUUCUUUUUUUAGCCUUCAGAUAUUCUCGUAGUAUGAUCUUAGAUACUUCCUCCGUCUCAGUGUAUUUGUUUAGUUUGACUUUUUCAAGUCAAAGAGCAUGUACUUUAACCUUCAAUUAAAUAAAAAUUGUAUUG